AAGCCUCAGGGACAAGUAUAUCAUUACAGCCUGCCUGCUCAGACAGAAACUCUGUAAAACCCACCCUUGGGGACAGGCACAGCUCUCCGGGAGCCACCCAGGAACCAGUCUUGGACACAAGCAAAGUCUCACCGGGACUCUCCUGUCAGUUCUAUCCACACUGCAACCUCCUGGUCACAAGUCUGCUGUCACCAUACUGCCCCUGCCUGCAGCAGUCUGGAUUUUAGCAACUGGGGCAGGACAAAUUCUCAACCCUGAAGGUGGCAGAGAAGAGAGAAGGGCACGGAAGACACUAUGGGGGCCAGGCAGUCAAGAGCCAACCCCAAGGACAAGGACCCCAAGAAGAUGCUCCUGGGGAGGAGACAGAGGUUUUCUUCAUGGGAUGAUACCCUACUCUUGGGAAAGGAUCCGCGGUCGCUGUUGAAGCGGGGCAUGCGCCACGUCAGCUUCAGCUUGGUCACCAAAGGGAUGACGGACAUCCCAGAUUUUCUGUGGGGCUUGUCCGAGGUCCAGAAACUCAAUCUGUCUCAUAAUCAGCUCCGGGUUCUCCCUCCCGAGGUGGGGAAACUGACCCACAUCGUGGUCCUCAAUUUGUGUGGCAAUCGCCUGAAGAGUCUGCCCAGAGAAAUCAGCCUCCUCCAGAGCCUCAAGGUCCUGUUUGUCAACAUGAACUGCCUGACCGAGGUGCCGGCUGAGCUGAGCCUGUGCAGAAGCCUGGAAGUGCUGAGUUUGUCGCACAACUGCCUGUCCCAGCUUCCCGCCAGCUUCUCCGACCUCUCCAGAUUGAAGAAGCUGAACCUCAGCAACAACUACUUUGCGCAUAUCCCCAUCUGUGUGUUCUCACUGAAGGAGCUGGACUUCUUGCAUGUGGGCUCAAAUCGCUUGGAAAACAUCGCCGAGAGCAUCCAGUGCCUGGCCAGCCUGCAGAUCUUCAUUGCCGAGAGCAAUAACAUCCACUCCUUCCCGAGGUCCCUUUGCCUCAUCACGAGCCUAGAGCUGCUGAACCUAAACAACAAUGACAUCCAGACCCUCCCGGGGGAGCUCUACCUGCUGAACAGGUUGGCAAGGAUUGCCUGGAAUCCCAUGGACAAAGGGCUCCACAUUUCCCAUAACCCUUUAUCCAAGCCCCUGCCCGAGCUGGUGGAGGGAGGCCUGGAGAUGCUCUUCAGCUACCUGAAGGACAAAAAACACAGCUGACUGGGCACCAAAGGUGAGACUCGGAGCCAGCUCAUCUGGAUUCUGUCAACUGGGGUACUCCUCUAAGUCUCAGCUGCCUUCUCCAACUGUUGGUAUUUAUCAAUGCUUUUGUUACUGUUUGCUGUAUCGCUGUCGAGCAUCCAUCCACGGGAGGGGUUCACAGUAACCUCCAGGAUGUUAUGUUCGUCUCCUUCUAAACAAAAAAUUGAAGCAGGCUUUUGGUUUUCACUAAGGAGAACCAAACUGAUCUAGUUCUUCUAAGGAGCAAUGAGAUUCAGCCCUAGGUAGAGUGAAUAACAGAUUGGGAUUUGAUGUAAUUCAAAAGUCAAAAUAUUUACUAAGUUUGUACCGUGUGUCCAGUAGGAAGCAAUGGUCAUCAUCCGGUUUCAGAUGGUUUCUACCCUUGUAUUGGCAACCUGCGACCAGGUGGCAAGAAGCAAGACAUAUGUCAGUCUCUGAGCAUGACUUGGGACCAAAGGGCAAGGGGGAGCUGGGCUCUUCAUUGUCAAAGGACCAAAACAGGCAGAGCCUUCCCCUCAAAUGAUAGGGAAACAGUCAUAGGAGUUUUUCCUUUUAAAAAAUGCCUAAAAGGUAGUAAAUUAAACUGCUCGUGUUUGUGUCUGGAGGUGAGUAACAGGGGUGGCAUGAUGUCUUUCAGAUAAUAAAAAGGAACUGAUUUCAGUGUGUAGUUUCAACCUUCUUUCCCAUCCCUCUCCCACCAACAGCCCUCUCUCUGCAUGGCUUUGCUAAAGAUAUUAGCCCGUAAUCAAAUCAUCCCAUUAUAAUUCCACUUUUCUCCCUUCCUGGAUUUGCCUUCUCAGAGAUAAGCUAAUCAUUGUGUGUGUGUGUGUGUGUGUGUG